GGCCACCUACCCCGGGCUGGGCUCGGCGCGGCUCGGUGCUUCUCCCGGUAACACCGGUCCGGCAAUACCGGCCCGCCGCUCGGACCCGGUCCGGCCAUGCUGGCCGUAACAUGGCCCCUGUGGAGCAGGACGCAUUGGCCGUACGGGAGCAGCUUUUCCACGAUAGGGUCCGCGAGUGCAUCAUCUGCGCCCUGCUCUUCGUCAGCCUCUACAUCCUCUGCCACUUCAUCAUAACCCACUUCAAGAAGCACACAGACUUCACGGCAGUGCAUGAUGAUGAGGAUGCUGCUGUCAACAGGAUUGCGCUGGGACUGUGCACCUUCACCCUGGCUGUGGCGCUGGGCGCCGUCCUCCUGCUGCCCUUCUCCAUCAUCAGCAACGAGGUGCUGCUCUCCUUCCCCCAGAACUACUACAUCCAGUGGCUGAACGGGUCCCUUGUCCACGGCCUCUGGAACUUGGUCUUCCUCUUCUCCAAUCUGUCCCUCGUCUUCCUCAUGCCCUUUGCCUACUUCUUCACCGAGUCGGAGGGCUUUGCAGGAUCCAAGAAGGGCAUCAUGGCCAGGGUGUACGAGACGUCGGUGGUGCUGCUGCUGCUGACGCUGCUGGUGCUGGGCAUGGUCUGGGUGGCCUCCGCCAUCGUCGGCAACAACGCGGCCAGCCGCCAGUCGCUCUAUGACCUCUGGGAAUACUACCUGCCCUACCUCUACUCCUGCAUCUCGCUCUUCGGCGUGCUGCUUCUGCUGUUGUGCACCCCCUUCGGCCUCUCCACCAUGUUCACCGUCACAGGGAAGCUGCUGGUGAAACCUCGGCUCCUAGAAGACCUGGAUGAGCAGUUGAGCUGCACGAGGCUCGAGGAAGCCGCCGUGUCCCGCAGGAUCUCCUCCGGCAAAGCUUCCUGCUGGCUGAACUUGAACGUGGAGCUGCUGCGGGAGCAGUUCUUCGCCAUCCGGAGCAAGAGGCGGAAGCUGGAGCUGCGGCACCGAGCGUCGCCCUGGCAGAGGAACCUGGGCUACCCCCUGGCCAUGCUGGGUCUCCUGGCGCUGACGGGCAUCUCCGUGCUCAUCGUCUGCUUCCACGUCCUGGAGCUGCUGCUGGACGAUGCCGCGAUGCCACGGGGCAUCCAGGACGCGUCCCUGGGCCAGGUCUCCUUCUCCAUCUUCGGUUCCUUCGGAGCUGCCCUGCAGGUCGUCCUCAUCUUCUACCUGAUGGUCUCCUCUGUUGUGGGCUUCUACAGCUCCCCCCUCUUCACCCGCCUGCUCCCCGAGUGGCAGGACACCCCCCUCACCAAGAUCAUCGGGAACUGCGUCUCCUUGCUGGUGCUCAGUUCAGCCCUGCCCGUUUUCUCCAGGACACUGGGGAUCACCCGUUUCGACCUCCUGGGGGACUUUGGCCGUUUCAACUGGCUGGGGAACUUCUACAUCGUCUUCCUCUACAACAUGGGGUUCGCGGGGCUCACCACCCUGUGCCUGGUGAAGAGGGUCUCCUGGGCCGUCCAGGCUGAGCUCAUCUGCGCCUUUGGUGAGGACAGGGACACGGGGACGGGCGCUGGGGUGUCCCAUGUCCGUCCCCCCCCCCAGCUUUCACGCUCUCCCUCUGCCCAGGUCUGCACAAGCUGCCGCUGCCCGUGACGCGCUCCCGGCCCCUCGGCAAGCCCUGCUAGGGCUGGGGGACGGGGAUGUGUGUGUGUCCCCCCCGACUGUGGUGCCCCCCAGGAUGGCCGCCAGCCACAGAGCCAGCCCUGAUGGUGGCUGGUGCUUCAGGGAUGUCGGAGCCCCCCAGGGAGAGCCAAGACCUGGGGGGGCGGUCUGCCCCCCCUGCCUCUAUCUCAGCCUGUUGUGCUACUGAGCCUUGUCCUUGAGCCACGUCCCCGUUACAGCCCCCCCAGGGGCGCAGGGUCCCCGGGGGGCUGCGCUGGCUGCAGCCCCCCCUGCCCCGUUUACAUACCUCAUGCAAGAGCAGCUGGGCCCCCCCACCCUGCCCCGGUGCUGCCCCAGCUGCUCCCUGGGGUGCAGUUGGGUUUUAAAUGUCACCCCACCACCCCAAGGACUGUCACAACACUACAGCGGGGGCCCCGUGCCCCCCUGCCCAGUCACUCCAAACCUCGUCCCCAUGUCAUCCUGGGGCUGCUGGGGGGCACUGGUUGUCCCCUGCCCCAAGGCCUUUGGGGUCCCCAAGGGAGGAGCAGGGCUGGAAGGUCCUGGGGCACUGGGGACAAGCUGCCCCCCCCCCCCCCCAAACCCCCCCGGCAGGUUGGUGUGAUGAGUCUGUCGGGUCUCUGUUACCACGGAACUUGUUUGGAGCA